AUGCCACGUUUUCAGGUGGAAGCUGCAUUGGAAAGUGAACCGGACAAUGAGGAGCUGAAACGAUUAAAAUUCGAUCUGGAAGAGGUGAUAAAGCUCGAAGAAGAACUUCUUAAGGAUACCGCGUCUUCUGCUUCACGACAGCAGUCGAAAGUUGAAAGCGCUUCGGAUAUAGCAUCGUCUCCGUCCUCAUCCGUACCGAAAAAAGAACCGAUAACCUGGAAGGUUGGCAGUAAUUCCGACUGGAAGUUAUUGAGCAUAAUUUCAUUGGUGUUGAAGGUUGGUGAUCAAUGCAAAGCACCGUCAGCUAACGGACAAAAGUUUUUGGCUGUUAUUGAUGGGUUCACUCAAGAAUCAGCUGCGGUUACGUUUGUCGGUAAAGGUACGAAACAUAUGGUGAAAACAUGUGAGCUUUCGCCGGUGAGAGAUGAAGAAAACAAAAAAUACGUUUGGGAUAAAACAGCAAAAAGUUUGCAUCACCGUAAGAGCGAAUGGCAGAUGGAACGAGAACGGCGCCGUUUACGGGCGUUGAAGAAGGAGCACCGAAAGAAGGAGUUGGAAGAAGCGAAAGAGGACGAAAAGAACAAAUGGCUGUCGUUCAAUGCGAAAGCGUCGAGUCGUUCAAUGAAGGGAUUCAAACGACCAACCGCUUCUGGUUCAGCCCCGGAUGGACCAAAGUGGGGCAUCACCACACAAACAUCAAUCUCGUCACGUCGUGAUCUUGGCGCUUUCAAAUCAACACAAAGAGGAAAUAUGGAUUCUUUGUUUUGA